CGCAGGCGUAGUUUGGUCUGUGCUGGUCGGUGGAGAGUCGGAGGAGUGAGAGGCUGGUGUUAGUUGUUCUCGGCCUCACUAAGAUGGCUCUUCGCAUGAGCCAUACGUUUCUGAGCGGCAGCUCGUGUUAGGAUAUAGUGUUGCUGCUGCUGCUUUGGAGACGGAGCUUUCACCGGUUGUUGGAACGAUCCGGAGAGGGGUUUCCGCUGUAACCAAGCGACUAACAGCAGGCCCCGGGCUUUACCGGACUUGGUGGCUGGCUAGACGGUUACUACAUUGCCUGGAGAAUGGGAAUCAUAUUCACCAAACUAUGGAGACUCUUCAAUCACCAAGAGCAUAAAGUGAUUAUCGUGGGGUUAGACAAUGCUGGAAAAACAACAAUUCUUUACCAGUUCUCAAUGAAUGAAGUUGUACAUACUUCACCUACAAUUGGCAGUAAUGUAGAAGAAAUAGUAGUGAACAAUACACAUUUUCUAAUGUGGGAUAUUGGAGGUCAGGAGUCGUUGCGUUCAUCAUGGAACACUUACUAUACCAACACAGAGUUUGUGAUCGUGGUUGUAGACAGCAUGGACAGAGAGAGGAUAGCUAUAACCAGAGACGAACUCUACAAAAUGUUGGCACACGAGGAUCUAAAGAGAGCUGGACUGCUGAUCUUUGCAAACAAACAAGACAUCAAAGAAUGCAUGACAGUAGCUGAAAUCUCUCAGUACCUUAAGUUGACCUCAAUUAAAGAUCAUCAGUGGCAUAUCCAAGCUUGUUGUGCCCUGACAGGCGAAGGGUUAUGUCAAGGAUUAGAAUGGAUGACAUCACGACUUAAGGUCAGAUGACCUCCAUAGAUCAGGAUGCAUGGACCAUUAAAAUCUGAACUGUAUAAAUCUUCCAGCAGUAACAGCUCCUUACUUGCUGGAUUUAUUGGUAUUUAUUUUUAAGACUGAAUAAAGUUUACUACUUUCGCACUUGCUACAAGUACAUGUUUGGAAAGACUUUCCUUAAGGAUCAAGAUUGAGUUGAAGACUGACUUCGGUUGAUCAUUUGUAGCUUUUCUUUUAAAGAUGGCUGUGAUUGACUUUUUUUUCCUUUGGAACCAGCACAUUUUGCUCAGGGUAGAGUUUUAUAGUAUUUGGUAAGUAUUCGAAAGGGGAGAAAAGUGAUUUGUAUUCCAGCAUUAUCAACUUAAUUGCUCUUCACUUCCUUUUUAUUUAAUAAAAAUAAGCUAUAAUCUCAA